CCUACAUAUACUCAGGUGCGCCGCACCUGUCCGCCCGCACCUGCCCGCUCACCGCUGAACGACCUCUCCUUCGCACUGCAGCCUCGGGCCGACAGCUCAGGGUACUUUGGGGACUUCAAGCACCCGGGGCCGCACCCGUACGGCCCCUUCGCCUUUUGUCUGGGAAGGGUCGCGGAGCGCGCCGGAGGGAACCGCCUGGCCUUCGCGGAUCGCUUCUGUCGACCACCAGUCCUGAUCCCUCGGCUGUGAGACCCUUGCCCCGCCGGAGGGGUGGAUUUGUGUUUACUUUGGUGACAAGAUUUGCAGGCACUCGACUAAAAACUUUUUUGGCUCUUUGGGUGACUUAAAACACCCACGCCCGGAGCCCCCCGUCUCUUUUGAGGGCGGAAAUGGCCAAUUCGGGCCUGCAGCUGCUGGGCUUUUCCAUGGCUCUUCUGGGCUGGGUGGGCCUGGUGGCGUGCACCGCCAUCCCGCAAUGGCAGAUGAGCUCGUACGCGGGCGACAACAUCAUCACGGCUCAGGCCAUGUACAAGGGGCUGUGGAUGGACUGCGUCACGCAGAGCACCGGCAUGAUGAGCUGCAAAAUGUACGACUCGGUGCUCGCCCUGUCGGCGGCCUUGCAGGCCACCCGAGCCCUAAUGGUGGUCUCCCUGGUGCUUGGCUUCCUGGCCAUGUUCGUGGCCACCAUGGGCAUGAAGUGUACAAACUGUGGGGGAGAUGACAAAGUGAAGAAGGCCCGUAUAGCUAUGACUGGAGGCAUCAUUUUCAUCUUGGCAGGUCUUUGUGCCUUGAUAGCUUGCUCCUGGUAUGGCCACCAGAUAGUCACAGACUUUUAUGACCCCACGGUCCCCACGAAUGUUAAGUACGAGUUUGGUCCUGCCAUCUUCAUUGGCUGGGCAGGAUCCUCUCUGACCCUUCUGGGAGGUGCACUGCUCUCUUGCUCCUGUCCUGGGAGUGAGAGCAAAACUGGGUAUCGUGCACCUCGCUCCUACCCUAAGCCCAACUCGGCCAAGGAGUACGUGUGAGCUGGACGCCCUUGCCCCAGCCUGGCAGCCUAUACGCGUGCCCAGACAUCUAAAAGGAACUGGGGCAGAGCUCAGCCCAUGGGCAGGGUGUGGAGCAGAAGCCUGCGGUCACUCCAGCCCAGCACACCAUGUACAGUUCCCUGGGGGGUUGGGUGGGGGAGACAAAAUGGGGAGGAUGUGCUUUUUGUACAGUAAUAAAAGUAUGUUUUGGAAAGUAGGCCUUUUUUCCCCCCAUCUGCUUUCUCCCAACCCAGAUCCUUGCAGGGAGCCUAGAAUCUAAAGUGCAACUAGUUCAGUUAAAAAAACACUUCGUGAGCACCAAUGGUGUGCAAGGCUGUCCCAGCUCCACCAUUUCAGUCACUCAGACCCCAACAUUUUGACCUUUGACCCUGAAAGACUCUGGCUCUAAGCUCUUGCUUAGCUACCGAACAGUUUUUGUUUUUAAUUAAAAAAAUAAAGAUUUUUAUUAGGCUUA